AUGUAUAUCCCUCACCAAACAGGUCGUUUGCAGCUUACCCAGCUAGCCAAUAGAUUUCUCAACAAUGAGGAGAAGUUGCCCUAUUCUUUCUAUGUAUUUGGCGAGGAACUUCUUGUGCCCAUUGGAACUUACAUAGAGCAAAGAAAUGUGUCUAUGGAGAAGAUUUUGAUGAUAGUGUAUCGACAACAAGCUGUUUUCCGAACUCGACCAAUUAGUCGUAUUUCUGCUACCAUUGCUGGUCAUGAGGAUUCUGUUCUGUGUGUUUCAUUUAGUCCUGAUGGUAACCAGUUAGCAAGUGGCUCAGGUGAUACUACUGUCCGUCUGUGGGACCUCAACACUCAAACGCCAAUGUUUACAUGCAGAGGGCACAGGAAUUGGGUUAUGUGCAUCGCAUGGUCUCCAGAUGGUAAGCACCUUGUGAGUGGUAGUAAAGCUGGUGAAGUCUGUUGUUGGAUUCCAAAAACCGGAGAGCUAGAUGGCAAGCCCCUUAUGGGUCACAAGAAAUGGAUUACUAGUAUCUCAUGGGAACCAGUUCACCUUAACUACCCAUGCCGUCGGUUUGUUACUUCUAGCAAGGAUGGGGAUGCUAGGAUAUGGGACAUUACACUCAGGAAAUGUGUAGCCUCUCACUGGACAUACAAGUUGUGUUACUUGUGUCAGAUGGGGUGGGGAUGGAAUCAUAUAUACAGGUUCUCAAGAUUGUACAAUAAUGUUGUGGGACGUUUCUCAGGAGGGAGCUCCACGUUUGAAGUUACAAUUGAAGACUAUGUUCUCCGGACAGGAUCAUUUGACCACACUGGUAAACAAUAUUCUUCACCUGAAGAAGUUAGAAAGGCUGCACUCAAAAGAUACAACCAAGCUAAAGGAAUGUCCGGUGAAAGAUUGGUCUCAGGUUCUGAUGACUUCACAGUGGUUCUUUGGGAACAGUCUGUUAGCAACAAACCUAAAAAGCAUUUGUUGGGUCAUCCGCAGCCUGUAAACCAUGUGUGUUUCUCACCUAAUGGCCAGUGGAUUGCGAGUGCUUCGUUUGAUCGAUCUAUCAGGAUAUGGGAUGGUAUCACAGGGGACUUUAUUACAACUUUGCGAGGCCAUGUUGGACGUGUUUAUCAGAUCAGUUGGUCCCCGGACAGUAGGAUGCUUUUAAGUGGUAGUAGAGACUCUACUCUUAAGGUAUGGGAUAUUGGGCUCAGAAAGUUAAAGCAAAAUCUUCCUGGUCAUGAAGAUGAGGUUUAUGCAGUGGACUGGAGUCCAGACGGUGAGAGAGUAGUCUCUGGUGGUAAAGAUAAAUGUCUGAAGCUAUGGGUGGGUUGA